CGAACACACCGGACAGCUUUCCCCUCUGCUCGUACAGCUCGAUACCAGCAACUGCACUGCCUGUUGAGGCUACCACCAAUCAUGGAGCGAGCCACAGCCUGCUCCUCAACCGUUACUUUGCCCUCAUAACAUUCACCACCCCUCGACAUCAAGAGCGACAUCCGCCAUGCAUCAACUCCCUCGACCCUCCCCUCGGAGUGCCACGCCUGCCUCCAACCCCACCACCAAUCCAGAGCGAACCAACAAUUCGAGAGAUCGGCCGAUGCCUCGUUCCAGAUCCAGCGUGGAUCUUGCAUCGUAUACGGAAAGAGCUGGUGCUGCCGAAGCCUCGACUGCGGCUGGCCGCGAAGGCACACAUGAUAGUGGUCAAGACCGCGAACUCACAAAGUUGAAUCAAAUCAUUCAGCAUUUCCACACCAAGGCCGCACUAUUGAUCUGCUCAUCGCGGGCCAAUCUGCCGCGCAGUCAGAACCAGCACGGCGACAUACGACAGAAUAGAUGGUUCAACGUGGUGGUUGAUGAGACCGACGUCUUGCUCGAUCACCUGCAAGAAUGGCGAAGACACGAUUUAUUCGAAGACCGGCCCCGGCCCCUGGUCAUAGAGAUGUUUCUCGACACCGCCCACCUGACAAGCAAUCAGGUGCUCGUCAUCAAAGAUGAUGCUGGGAGGAGACACAAUGUCGCAAAUGCUCUGAGCCCCUCCACCUCCGGCGCGCAGCCUUCUCGAAGUGGAGCACGGCAAUGCGAGGUCGUUCUCGAGCGGUGGACCCUCGAACUGGGCGAUGCCAAUCGGCAUACUCCAGCGGAACUUGACGAGAAGCUGCCCAAUGUGUACAAAAAGGGCGUCGUGCUGUUCCGCUCCCUCUACACCUUUCUCCGCAUUGUUCCUGCUUUUAAGCUGUACAGAAAACUUUUACGGCAAACCGGUAGCCAUCAAGCGCUCAAGCUGAAAUUCCGGAUCAAGAAGGGGCGCGGCUCGGCGCAGGGCGAGCUAGACUCGCUCCUGACGCCCCUCUGUCCUCAUGAGAAGAACGCCAGGGACAUUGUCGAACACUACGCCUUUCAGCCUUUGGUGACGCCUGCUGGCCCUCUACAUUGCUCGGUUCACUACCGCAAGAAUUGCGUCUUCGGUAUCGCGGAUGCAGAGGCCCUCAUCUCGGAUCAGUUCCACGGGUUAGACGAGCGAAUGCCAGCGCCCCCGGUCGGACGCUCACUUCCAGGAGAGCCGGUGGAAAGGCCGCGAGGCCCGUACAGCAGUACGGCGGCGCCGACAUCUGCCAUCGCUCGCGAAAGAGCUAGAGCAGCGUUGUCGGGCACCUACGGAAGUCUCGGCACCUUUCAUUCAUCGGAGAGGCGAGGCUCGCCCCUCUCUACCCUGAGGCAGCGCACACUUGAAGCGGAGGAAGAAGACAUGGGCAGAUCGGAGCAGGGGAGAACGGGGGAAAGUGUGCCGCAUCGCAAGUCUGUCGACUAUAUUGCGAAUCCGCCGUUCAAAGCAGGCUCCCUGACAUCCUCUCCUCGCCCGUCCCCAUCACCCAGCAGUUCGGUUGGACGCAAUGAGGGAAGUCUGGGACGUCUCGGCCAUGUGAUCCAGACAAGCGCCAGCAAACGCACAUCUCUCAAUGCUCUGCCACAGCAACAAUUACGCACGCCGUCAUUAGCAAGCGAGGUCGCAGUUGGCUCGCCCGCCUCAUACUCUCCUAAGCCGGCGCCUGCUCGGUACAGCAGCAGUUUCGCAAAUCGCCCUCGACGAUUCACAUCACAAAGCGGCAAGACGGCGGAGAGCAACGCCAGCUCCGGCCGCGGCAGCAGUGACUCUAAAGAGAAAUCCGAACACCUCCACGACCCCAACCAGGACAUUUCCCGCAGCGCCAAGACAGACGACGACGAUAUCGCAUCGUUUAUAUCGGAUCUUGAGCGAUCGAAAGACAUUAAAUUCCACACGCCACCCUCGUCGCGGGACAACGUCGUGAACCUGGCCAAGUACAGCAACAUGCGAGACCCCAGCACUCAACUGGCUGAAGAAAUGAGCUCAUCCUCGCUCAUCCAGACGUCGAGUACACCACCCAGCCGGCGGCUGUCCAACGUGCCCGGCCUGUCCAUAUCCUCAUCACCUUCGCGCGCGCUCACCCACGCACCACAUGUGCGCUCCCGACUGUCUGUGGCGGAGCCGCCGUUGGCUUCCUCCGCCGCAUCAGCGUCGGGAGAGGGCUCAUCCAGCCCCGGGAUACGAGAGGUGGAGGAGGAAGAUGACGAAGAGCCGUUCAUCUUCCCUCACCACCAAGACGACAAUCUAGACUGACUACCUGACGAUUCAUGAAUUUUGUAGCGAGGCGUUUGGGACCCGCGGCGGCAGAGGGACCUGCAGGUGGGUGCGCAUCGCGAUUCACGCAGGAUGGGAUUGUUUUGUUUUGAGGCCUUUCGGUACAUCGCGUUUGUACAGAGUUCUCAUGACCUGGCUCGCCUAAGAGCGGGCAGAAUGAAAGAUCCAAUUGUCUCGCACGUGCAUCUAAUGCCGAGCUCUCCCGCUGCGCAUGUGGUGUUUUGGUUGGCCAUCGGAGGAGUGGCUUGGGAGCUUGCGUUGCGGCGCGUAAUUCCGUAAAUUCGCGUUUGUGGGGCCGGCUUGCCCCGCGCCUGCCGUACACAGUACAGUCAUCAUGAUCCAUAUGCGCCACC